UCUCCGAGACUCCAACCUUUUCUUAAUCAAGCUUCUUAGUACAUGUUUUAACUCUUUAAUCUGAAGGGAAGCAGAAACUCAGAUCAAAGCAAUAACCUAACCAAACCUAUCAAUGGCAUUCCUGAAACAAGAACAAUUAGUAAUUGAAGAACAAGAAGAUUUCAGUGACAGCGGAGGGUCUGACCCAGGAUACGAAUCGGAUAUGGAUCCAAGUUAUUGCAUUCUUGAGGAGACUCAGGGCCAACUCUCAAUCCUCUCUAUCCAGAAGAAAUCAAAAUCUAGUAUUUUUGAUAUGGGGGUAGAAAUUAUAGACCAAAAAGAGAUUGAGCAAGUUCAAGAGAUAAUAGAAGCUGGGAAGACAGAGAAGCUGAAAGUGGAGCAAUGUAAAGAUUAUUUGAGGAAGAAUGGGUUGAGAUUGACUGGCAAUAAAGAGACACUGAUUCAGCGCAUAAAGGAGCAUCAAGAGAUUUUGAAUGGUGGAGGGGAGAAAAAGUACCCAGUAUCUAGCUUUGUUUUCGAUUGUAAAGGGGAUGCAUGUAUGGGUGAUCUUGUCAUGUUUGAACAGAAUGUUUAUGAAAUGUAUAAUAUAGCAUCACGAAGUGCCAGUGGUCCUCCUUGUGGCACAAGGAUAGUUGCAGGUCGAAUUGUGAAGGAAAGCUAUGGUGCUUCCAAACGACAGCACACAUUUACGAUAGAGGUCCUUUGGAGCAAAGGGGAGAAGCCACUCCCUCCACUUCACCCUCUCCUAAUAAAGGGUCGAAAUCUAUACAGAUUUAAGACUUUGAGACAGAGAUGGGAAGAUGAAGAGGAGAGGCGUAAGGUUUUGAUGGAAAAGCAUUCAAGGGGUUCUUUAGCUAGAUGUGCCAGAGAAAGCCGAAUCCAGGAGAAGGAAAGAAGGAAUAUGCUACGGGAAAAUAGAGUCUUGACAAAGGAGGAGGGAAACAGGAAGCAGUCUCAGUUAAAAGCAAAUCAGGGAAUUCAAGCUAAACAAUCAGGUUCAUCUGUUAAUUUGGGAAAAGCGUUUCCUAAACCUUUACGGUCAACACAAGCAUCUGAAGCUCAAAUAUCAGGGAAACUGGCAUUAAAGCCUGAACUACAAAAAAACCAGAGAGUAAAUAAAAAUUGCAAUCAUGUUCCUUACAAUUUGGUUUAUUAUCAUACUCGCAUUCAGGAAGUACUGCUACAAAACAAUGAUAAUUUUGGUUCACGGUUAUCUUACUUAAAUAUAAAUGAUCCUCCUUUCAACAAGAACCCCAUUACAACUUGGAAAUCAGAGAGGUACCAUCACAGACAGCCAUUGACAAGCAUGAAUCAUGACCAUCAAAUUACCGUUCUGAAUAGGCAAGGCUACCAACAACAGAAGCUCUGUGAAUUUUAUGCUCAAGGAAGAUGCAUGUAUGGAGGCAAUUGCAAAUUUUUGCACGAAUUGAAAGUGAUUCGUGGCCAAAGAAGGGAGAAUGGGAGACUUUAGAGCCAGAGCAGUUUGGAAAGAUGGCUUCUUUGACGUUCUCAAUAGUUUGUAUUGAUUAAGCAAAUUGGGUUAGGAUUUUUAUGCAUGCUGGGUUGGUAUUGCUGUUACUCCCAAGAAUUGGUCCUUAUUUGUUACUGUGAUCUGAUCAGUAAUUGUCCAUUUAAUGGACUAAAUUUUGUUACUUCAGGUCAGCUUUGGAUAUAAAUACAAUAUAGAUGUUGUUUUCUUUGUUA